UACGUGGGCAACCAGAGCCUGGAGAACUUACGGGGCUUCGUGCUGGCACCGCUGCUCAUCUACUUGGCCAUCGGCUCCAUGUUCCUGCUCGCUGGCUUCGUCUCGCUCUUCCGUAUCCGCAGCGUCAUCAAGCAGCAGGGUGGCCCCACCAAGACCCACAAGCUGGAGAAGCUGAUGAUACGCCUGGGACUCUUCACUGUGCUCUACACUGUGCCAGCUGCCAGCGUGGUUGCCUGCCUCUUCUACGAGCAGCACAACCGGCCCCGCUGGGAGGCCACGCACAACUGCCCCUGCCUGCGUGACCAGCAGCCAGACCAGGCCCGCCGCCCUGACUACGCCGUCUUCAUGCUCAAGUACUUCAUGUGCCUGGUGGUGGGCAUCACCUCUGGUGUCUGGGUCUGGUCUGGCAAAACCCUUGAAUCCUGGAGGGCCCUCUGCACUCGCUGCUGCUGGGCCAGCAAAGGUGCUGCCGUGGCUGGGAGCACAGGGGCAGGAGCAGGUGGACAGGCAGUAAUCACCACAGCAGGAGGACUUGGGGCCGGAGGUGGUGGCUCCCUCUACAGCGAUGUCAGCACCGGCCUGACAUGGAGAUCAGGCACCGCCAGCUCUGUCUCCUAUCCCAAGCAGAUGCCCCUGUCUCAAGUGUGAGGAGGGGGAAAGAGGCCAAAGGUUAGGGAAUGAGGGACACUGGCCUGCCUAAAAUGCCCCCUCACUGUUUGGUGCCAUUAAUGAACCCCUAAUGGUCCUUAUUAGCCACAGCUUGUAUAGAACAAUGCAGCUGGCAGAGGCCCCAGGCUCCAACCCCCUCCUCCUUCCCCUCCAUUCAUAUGCAGGGAGCAUGUACUUCAAGGAGCCAGCUUAUUAUUUUGCUGGCAGAGGAGGGUAGAGGCUCACCCGUGUCUUGCAGAGGACGAGGCACAGCAGCUUCUGAGUCACUCUGGACUAACAGCAGCUCUUUACUCACGGGAGGAAGGGUCUUCCUCCCCCCCAUCCUGACAUGGGAGUCUGCUGGGGACUGCAGGUUUUUGGGAUGUGGAUGACCAGGCAAAUGCCUUACAAUAUUGACUGAAUCAAAACAUGUCUUAAUAUUACACCCCAGCUAAAUACGGGUUUCCUACAUUAAAGGAUGUAUUUAUAUAAUUAUUUGUUACCUUGUACAGAUGUGUAAAAUAUGUAUAUAUCCAAAGCUAUACAGUCUGUAAAUUUUUUUUGUAAAAAAGUUUAGAGGCUACCCCUGUAAGAGCAAAUACGAGUAUUCUAUUUUGUCAAUAAAAUGACUUUUGAUAAAUGACUUUUUCAAGCUUUUCCACUAUUCCCACCCUGGUUAUUCCAGAUGCUGUAUCUUUAGGUAGUUCCAUAAACUAUCAACUGCAUUCAUGCUCCAGUCAUUACCAGUUAAAGAAGUGAAAUAUGUAGACACAAGAAAACAAGUCAUUCAACAAGUUGUUCUGAAAAAGUGUUUGCCAAAACUGAGAGGUGCCUUAGCAUACUUCUUUCCUUUUUUGAAAGAUGACGGUGUCUUUAAACCAAGCCUUUACAAAAGAGUUGUCUCCCAUGGCAUGUUAAGUGUCCCUUUAAAACGGGUGUUAUUUUAGGAAUGUGCCUCUCAUAUCUGUUGUCUGCACUUCUGUAAGCACCUGCCUUUCCUGGGAUGCAUACUGAAGUGUAAAAGGUUAAUGUUUUAAAUUCAUAGAUCAUGUACUAUGGUGGAACAGUGAGUUGAGAUUUGUUAGAUCAAUCUCUUCUUAACAGAUUAAACUAACAUCUUAACUUUUGUAUAUCAAAUAUGGUCCUUUUUCAAGAGAAAAGGUAUUGUUCUUCUGUCAGGAGUAAGCUAAUUUAUUUGAGCAGAAGGCUGUUGAAUUAACAGAAGAAUGCUUUGGCAAUUGUUGAACUUUUUACCUGUCUGCCCAGUGGCUCAGAACAUCGUUCCUUUAAGAGGAGCUAAAUGAAUAGGGUUAAUCUGUAGGGAACUUGGUUUCUUUUGAGUUUGGGAAAACUUUGAUCUUUUCUCUUCACCAAACGUGAUGUAUAGUCUGAAGUUUCUUUCCCUGCU